CCGUUUCCUUUCUUCCCAGCAGGAGAUGGCAUCAGGAUGGCGGACGAUGAAGACCUCGAAAGGGCAGCCCCCAUCCGGCGGCAGCGCGGGAGAGGGAAGAAGGUCCCGUCUUCAGGAACGGAGAAGCAGGCGGCGAUCGUGCCCCCCGAGGACGAGGGCCGCCCGAAGUUGACGCUGAAGAUGAAACCUCCCAAGUGCCCCGAGUGCGGCAAGAGCUUCCUGAGCAACGUGGCGAUGGCCAUCCACAUCCGGACGCACACCGGGGAGCGGCCCUUCAGGUGCCACCUGUGCCCCAAGGGCUUCCCCUCACGGGGGGACCUGAAGCGGCACAUCAAGACCCACCUGCGCCCCAAAAGGAGCCCGCCUCCCCCCGUGGAGGCCGCCUGCGGGGGAAAGAAGCGCCUGGCCGCCAAGCUGCAGCUGCUGAGCCACCUGCAGCGCCCGCCCGACCCCCGGAAGCCCCACGUGUGCGACCAGUGCGGGAAGGGCUUUGGCACGCUGCAGAGCCUCCGCAAGCACCUGGGGACGCACUCCACCGAGCGCCCCUUCUCGUGCGCCCAGUGCGGGAGCCGCUUCCGCCUGAAGCAGAUCCUGGCGGCGCACAUGGACUGCCACGCCACCGAGCGCCCUUACCGGUGCCCGGAGUGCGGGAAGACCUUCGUGCAGGAGCGCGGACUCCGCAUCCACCAGCUCGUCCACACGGGCGAGAAGUGCUUCUCGUGCGAGGCCUGCGGGCGACGCUUCGCCUACAAGCAGCACCUGCUCAAGCACCUCCGUCUGCACACCGGGGAGCGGCCCUACUCGUGCGCCGAGUGCGGGAAGACCUUCCGGGACCGGGCCACGCUCAGCAUCCACAACCGGAUGCACACCGGCGAGCGUCCCUACCAGUGCCCGUUCUGCGGCAAGACCUGCCGGCAAAAGCAGCACCUCAACAGCCACCUGAAGGUCCACCGGGGAGAGGCGCUGCUGCCCAACGACGGCACGGGGAGGGCCCUGCAGAAGGCCUGGGCGAAGGAGAAGCCCCACGCCUGCCCCAAGUGCGAGAAGCGCUUCCGCGACAAGCGGGUCAUGAGGGCCCACCUGCUGACUCACGGCGAAGAGUCCUCGUCCGCCGGGGACGCCGGCCCGGCCCAGGCAGAGGCAAAAUCCGCCCGCAGGAGAGGCGUGGGUCGGAAGCAGCCCACCUCUCUGCAUGCAGCUGCCCCCGCUGAAAAGUUGCCUUUUGGCUGUGCUCAUUGCGGGAGGAAGUUUCCGCAGCGGAAAUCCCUCCUGUUGCAUCAGAGGAGCCACAGGUGAGGAGAGAUGGCUCCAGGUCAGAGUCCAGUCCUGUCGUCCUUUUGGAAGGGAGCCUUGCAUUUUGACAGCAGUACAUCACACCGAGCAAGUCAAACCUCAUGAAGAAAGCAACUUGUGUGCGCCCCAUGGAUUAGAUGCCGAGAUCGAAAGGCCCCCAUCACCACAAGGCUUUCCUGAAGCAAUCUGAGACUGUGCCGGCAUGAAGCCAACCUCUUCCCUGCCCUUUUCAUGCCUCUUCUGGUUCUGGGAGAGCAUGGCAGAGGUGAGCUUGUCGCAGCAGGAGGAGGAGACACCCUGAGCUUCUUCCCCAGCCUCACCCAUCUCUGCCUUUUGGGUCUCCCUCCUCUCCUUCUUCAGCUUCUG